ACGACAGUGCGAUCGAGACAAGACGUGUUGACUUUAUCUCCAUUUUUCCAUUUGAAGUAGCAUGUGCAGUGUUUGAACUGCUCGCUACCGCCGAUUUGUUUGAAUGUAUGAGGGUUAACCAAGAAUGGUGCGCAUGUAUCUUGAGUGCACCCAGUUUAUGGCAUGAAAUCACUAUUACGGACAAUCAAUAUGCAUUGGUUCCGCUCCUGGUGCGCAUCGGCAAGCACAUCCGCAAAUACACCAUAUACGAAGGCAGCCCAGGUAUCGUUGACGGCAGCCUGAAUAUGAUGUUCUUUGGGUGCAUGAAUAACAUCCAAUCUCUAAUCUGGGAAAACUGUUUAUGCGACGACAUGGACAUUCUCUACGCUCUACAGUAUCUUAAAGACUCGUUGACAGAGUUGACCUUGUUUGCAGAUUAUGAUCAUGUCUAUUCCCCUCCGCACUUCUUGUCGAUACUGCGUACCUGUCCAAAUCUGAAACGACUCAAUGUCGUGAUGCCACAUGCUCACGUGCCUAUCUUAUUCGACGAUCCACUCGUGCUACCGAACGGCAACCUUAAUCUCACCCAUUUGAAAUGGAUAACUGGAAGUUCGCUACAACAAGAAGAUAUCGAGCCUUUGUUCGCUGUAUGUCCGCGGCUACGAUACCUUCAAGUUGGCUGUUUUGAAGGUGACCUGGACGUCUUCUUUAAGCCCAUAACGCCGCCAAGUUUAAAGUAUCUGAGCAUCGACGAUGUGGCGGAGGGGUAUGAGUCUGAUUUGGAAUACUGGGACGACGAAGAAGAAUACCAUAAUGCAAAUGACGACGACGAGAAUAAAAACACAUCAGCAAUAUCAACCCACCAUCAACAAUACCACCGACGGGAAGAAACUAGAAAGCAACGACAACUAGGCUUACAUGCGCUUACCUUAACUUGCACCGAUGCGCAUUCCUGGGAGAUUAUCAAGAUGGUCAUAUCACGAGAGCAGUAUACGCUCGAGAAACUCACCUUGUACCACGACUAUAAUGGUUUUGACGGAGGGUAUUUGAUCCAGAACUUUCGUGGGAAAUGGCUGAAUAUUUAUGGCUGUGGCUGCUGGAGUGAAUCAGCUGAACUCGACGCGACACUUAUCGGCCACCAGAAUGACAACGACAGCAGCAACACUGACUUUGAUAACAGCAGUUUAAUAUCAUCGCCAAUAUCAUCAACAGCAGUAUAUCCUCGCUUAUGGCACAUUCAUUCAACUGGAAAAAUCACUGAUAGCGAAAGCGAUGUAGCAGCGCUUAUUAUUGCUCUGAAAAACAGAACGUUGGCUACAUCGCACAAAGUCACCCGGCUUCGAUUAGCAAAAAGCCCCGCUGGUGGUGGGGAAACAAUAUUACCACUAUUGUUGGAAUUCCCAUCGUUGCAAGUCCUAAAACUGGAACAAUGCACCUUUUAUACCCAAACAUUGAUCCAGUUUGUAAAACAAUUGGCAACUCGACAGCGCGGCAUCUCUGCGUUGAAUCAUCUCGGGUUCACUUCAGUAACCGGAUUGACGGAUGCCGUUAUCAUGGCACUUGCUCAUGUGUCUGGACUCAGAAGGAUCAAGUUGUGGCGCUGCGAUUCUCUCACCGAUCAAGCGAUACGCUAUCUUGUGGAUGGAAAAGUCGGUGACGACGACAAGGAGCCCCUUUUAGCCUCGGAUUUGGAAGAUCUGGAACUUCUUCAAUGCAAACAUAUCACUUGGGAUGCAAUAAGCUAUGCUCAGGGAAAGCUGGAUGCAAGGCAACGUUUCUCAACUCGCAUUGGUACUCUGGCUAGAUAAAGAGAAGCAAGAUCUUGUUAUGUAAACAUGGACAGCUGGUACUGUCUUGUCACACUGUUUGUUCUGUAUUCUCUUCCCUCUCUUUUCUUUCUUUGUAGCUUUAAGAGCACAAAAAGCAGUUGUAUCUAUUAUGUGAAACCCACCCAUCAUAAUUUCAAUGUAGUCGCAAUUCUAUGUGUAAAGUUUAUGUAGUUUCAAGUAAUAUAAGAUUAAUUUGUAAAGUGA